AUGAUGCGAAUAAUCCGUCGCGUCUCUCCUGCUGUUGCGGGGAAUUUGUUGGGGUGUAAUAGGUCCUGCUCCAGUAAUAAGAGUGCGACGCUAACUCAAGGGGAGCUGCAGCAACUCGUCAAGUUACUUGAAGAGGACCCCAAGCUUUUGAUUGAUUUGGUUGGAAGACUAGACGCACAAAGCAGACGGCGUUUGAUCGUUGCUGGUGGAGCCAUGGAAUGGUUCGGAAAGGAGAGCGCUGCAUCAGAGGUGGAGCGGGCGGAUGUCGACAAGGACCUCCUCAUCUCUCCGAAAGACUUUGACCAUUGGCUAGAGAGUGCCUUGCGUAGAAGAGUGCGCGGGAAGUGGCCACAACAACAGGAAGACCCUGCCGCGGCUGAUGAAGAGAUAAGGGUGCCGUUCCUCGCAUUGGUUCGGAUAGCAUUUGGGGCGGGACUACCGUUUGUGGGAUUUGGUUUUCUUGAUAACGCAGUGAUGAUACUCGCGGGUGACGCAAUCGACAGCACUCUUGGGUUUUAUCUCAAUUGCUCUGUGAUGGCUUGCGCCGCUAUGGGCAAUAUCUUUUCAGGCGCUCUGGGAAUGCAAUUCCAUGGCGUGAUUGACAAGGCGGUGCAGAAGUUAAACUUUAAUACCCCCGUGCUGACUGAAAGGCAGAUGAAGGGUCGACAGGUUUUUUUUGCAGGCCAUAUUGGCGGCACUAUUGGCAUAAUGACGGGUUUAUUCCUUGGCAUGUUUCCGCUUCUACUUAUUGACAGCGGAGAGGAAAAGGCCGACCACGCGUUGUUCCAGCGCUUGGACAAACACGGCAAUGGCUAUUUGGAGCUGAAGGAAUUAGGGAGGGCGCUGACGGAUAUGGGUCUGCCGGCAAGCGCUGUUGAAAACGCCAUGGAAAAGUACGAACGGAACAGUCAGCUGGACUUUAAGCAGUUUCAAAAAAUACGGAAUGACGCACGAAGAGGAGAAGCUGUCUUUGCUUAA